UUAACGUCAGUUAUAAACAAGCUGUUCUGUAGUGAAAAUAAUAUUUGUCGAAGCGAACUGUUUAGAACAAUGUCACUUACCCCGUACUGGUUUAGACAUUUGAGAAAUCUUGCGUACCGAGAUCCUGUCGUGAGAGCUCUGGAAGAUCCUUUCUCAGUGUUCAGUAAGGAUCCAUUCUUUCGCGAUCCCUUCAAAUACAUAAGACAAGUGACGGCGCCAUCAGAGAGUGACCAUCAUGGUAUUGAAGGUGUUUAUUCAGAUUCAGAGGUUAAAUUUGAUGGAAAGAAGGUCGAGUUACAACUAGACGUCCAGAACUUCACUCCAGACCAGAUUCAGGUAAAAACGGUUGGCAACGAAGUAAUGGUUGAAGGUAAAAAGGAGAUCAAGCGUGAAGAUGGAUGGACCCGGAGUCAUUUCGAAAGGAGAUUCUUGCUGCCUGAGGGGUUCCCACCGGAGAGGGUGGAGUGUCACCUCGAUAAAGGAAAGUUGAAGCUGAUCGCGUUCAGGUCUCAGCCGUUGGCUGAAAGAAGCGUCCCCAUAAAGGACAAGUCCGACGGCGGUGCUAUCGGGGACUCCUGAAUAUGUUUCUUAUCAAAUGAGUUUAGCGUGCAUAGCGUAAGAAUUUUCUGUUUAUUUUGGACUGAUUAGAAUAUAUUCAUUUAUAUAAAUAUAAUUAAAUAAAUACUUGAAAAUAA